UAUGGCAACAUUGACACCUUCUUUUUCCUUGUGGAGUUGUUUGAGACACGUGCGUAUUUCACGCCGAAAUCUCUAAAAUAAUACAAAAUGACUGAAGGCACAGCGACUAUUCGCACUCGCAAAUUCAUGACCAACAGGUUAUUGGCGCGCAAGCAGAUGGUUUGCGAUGUCCUACACCCGGGCAAACCUACUGUUAGCAAAACAGAGAUUCGCGAGAAGCUCGCGAAAAUGUACAAGGUGACACCCGACGUUGUUUUUGUGUUCGGAUUUAAAACGAACUUUGGUGGUGGCAAAUCCACUGGAUUCGGUUUAAUUUACGACACUUUGGAUCUGGCCAAGAAGUUUGAACCCAAACACAGACUAGCGCGCCACGGCUUAUAUGAAAAGAAGAGGCCCACACGCAAGCAGCGUAAGGAGCGCAAGAACAGAAUGAAGAAGGUACGAGGUACCAAGAAAUCAAAGGUCGGAGCAGCCGCUAAAAAGUGAUGUGACAGUUUGUAAGUAAAUAAAAAUUUAAAAAUCCA